CACAAUCUUGACGUUCGUUCGGCUCAGCUGGGAAGAGGAGGCUAGGCGUAGGGCGCAGAAAGCGCAUUGCGCACCCAUAGCAGAGCUCUGCUCAAGGUGUUGGCGAGGGUGUUGCUGCUUUUUCGAGAAUUUCAGCCUUUUUGGACACGUGCCAACACGUGGCUGAGCUCAAUUGGCCUGGCUGCUCCUGCUUCUCAUUUCGUUCCACCAGGUUGUCCACAGCUAGAAGGACAAAUUCAGGUCUUAGCUUGAACGUCAGCAAAGAAAGGUAGUCGUCACGAUCUGCUCUAAUAUGAUCUGAUCAGUUUGCAUUCGUCCGAGUUGCACAUCGAUCUUUACAGAGGGUGUUGAGGCAAUCCGUUCCAGUUGAGAAGAGAAAAGGCAGUGGUGGAGGGUAUCAUGGCAGUUGUCACGCUAUAAGAUCUCAAAUCCCAAAUCAGGCAAACAGAGUCAAAUUGCAUAAUGGCAUCUGGCAAUGGGAGCGCACCAAGCUAUGGAGUAAAGUAUCAGUCAAGAUGCAUCGCUCCUCAGCUUGGUGAACGAGAGAGGUCCCGCUUUCUGGUCGGAACCUUGAGCCUCCGGGAAGAGAACGAGAUCCACCACUUGCAUUAUUCAGAGGGCAUCAACGAGAUUGUUUCAGAAGGCGUCUACCAUCACCCCCAUGAGAUCUGGGAUCUAGCGUGUUCACCAUUUGACGCUCGGCUCUUUUCAACAGUGUACCGACAUGGCGAAGAGUACGGGGCUUCUGUGUGGCGCCUCCUCCCACGUGGAAAAAUCAACCCUGGCAGCAGCUCCCCAGGACCGCAGGGGUUGCAACUAGACCAGGUGGCAGAGCUGAAGGGGCACUCGGCCCCCAUCAAGAGCGUCCUCUGGUGCCCACUCUCGACCAAGCAGAACGUGUUGGUCAGCCUAGACGAAGAAACGAUCCGCGUGUACAACCUGGAAGACGGCAAGAAGACCCUUGAAGCCCGUUCGGAAGCCAAGGCGGGCGACUUGCAGCACAUUGCGGGAGGCUCCUGGGACCCCCACGACAGCAACUCCGUUGCAGUGGCGAGCGGAAUGCUGGUUGAGAUUUGGGACCUGCGAACGAUGAGGCGAGGUCAGAAGAUCGAUCAGGCGCACGGGAUGCAAGUGCGGGACGUCGACUUCAACCCAAAGCGGCAAAACACGCUGUUGACCGCCGGGGACGACUCGUACAUCCGCUUCUGGGACACCCGGCAAAUAGCGACCCCUCUGCUCGAGUUGCAAGCGCACAACCACUGGAUUUGGCGAGCAAAGUUCAACCGCGUGUAUGACGAACUUGUGUUGAGCGGCGGAACGGACUCCGCCUGCAAUCUGUGGCACGUUCCCAGCGUAUCGUCGUCGAAAGCGGGACGGAGUGGCAGCAAGGGUUCCGCAAACGAUUUGUCUGGAGCACGGACCCCCCGGGAACCACACGACGGGCUUGCGCACACGUACACCGAGCAUGAAGACAGCAUCUAUGGUGUUGCUUGGAGCGCGAAAGAUCCCCUGCUCUUUGCAUCCUUGUCGUACGAUGGUCGGGUUAUCGUCGACCGAGUCCCAGACAGCGUGCGACGAAAACUGAGUAACCCGUACUGAGUAGUUGGGUUUCGAAGAUGCCUCAAUUGCAAAUGUGAGUCAGAAGAGUUCGCCGUAACGGUUGCUAAUUCUAGUUCAAACAGCAGGCUCCACCUGACCCAUAAUAUCCACGCCAGCUCGCAAACAAUGUGUUGAUGAACCAUCAGCGAGCAGCUUCUUGUCAAGAGGUCAGCUUGCUGCGCAAGCGUGAAUCUCAUAAGUGAUACUAGACUGAGUGAGAUGCAGUACAGCCACAGGCUGAUCUAGGCAUCCCCCCCGUGAGAGGGGCCGCCGCUGGGCUGCGCCAUGAACAGCGCCGCAAGCGCGGCGGUCCGAGGUUCGCAGCGCGACUCUUCGAGUUUCAAGAAGGAUACGUUGCUACUGUGGCUUGCGGUUGUAUAGACGCGUAUUUUGCUCGCAUUAAUUGCGCUUGCAUCUCGCACGGCCGUUGCAGCCGCCGCUCCGCCCCACAAAUUUUUGGAG